AUGGCUUCGGAAGCGAUCCCGUCUUGUCAGACUAGCAUUGGGGAAGAGCCUCAUGGAUAUCUAAUCCCCGCCCGCACAUCGUCCCUCUCUCGUACCCUUUGUUUCGAUGACCCUAGGACCUUGGACCAAGUAGUCUCCGCGGCAUCGACAAGCGGAUCUACACUACCUCACCAUACCAGCCCACCUAUAGUCGCACGUCAUAGCUUCGCGAUUGGCGAUCGCGUCGCCUCUACAUUAGUAGAAGAGAGUACCAGCAAGGGACCUCUCAAGGUCAUCAAAACGCGACCAAGGUCCGCCAGCUGCCUUGUUACACCCUCAAAGCCGAUGCAUCCAACCAAAGUACAACGAUGGUCAGGCUUGACCCGUACUGUGAGCGAUUGGGAUCAUGGGCUACGUAGGGAUCCAGAGUUGUGGUAUGAGGAGGGAGACUGCCUCGUACAUCUACAUGCGAAAGGAGUUUCGCGUCGUGGCCCGUCCUUCUGUAUUCCAUUCAGACUUCUACGACAAAAGAAGUGUGAGGCGAUGCUCCAGCUAUGCGAUGCGCAGACUGCGUCUGCUCCAGGGUCCGCUUUCCAGCACCUAAAGCGAAUGCCCAGCUCCCUUACUAAUGCCAACGGGGAACAAAGCAUCGUCGAGCUCUUCAUCCCAGCCCCAGAGGAACUAUCACGAGAGAGCUCUUUUAGAAGGCACAUCGCGACUCGCAACUUCUUCGCCUUCCUCCUGGGUAAACCACUGGUAGGCGAUCAUAUGGGUCAAGCAUUCGUAGACGUCCAGGAACGUUUACACCACUUCCGUCCAAGUCAUCCAAACAACCACCAAGACUUCCUCGACUACGCUGAGAACCAAGGGUAUCGGGAUCUGGUUGAAUGCACGGACUAUGCGCUUGCAAGCCUCUACUACGCAGAGCAUUAUAAACUCAGGGACAUUUGGGUCGAUGCGUUUGCCCACUGUGUCGGUAUGAGCGAUAGCCUAAUGCUUAGCCCAGAAUACGUGCUGACCUCGAAGCUUACCAAAGCAUUGAUUACCCGAGCGCAUCUUGAAGUCGACGGCCACCUCGGGCGCGUAUCGACCGCAUUGAGCAAGUUUCUACAGGAAGACCUCUCGCCGACUUACCUCGGAUUAACGGACGGUGCCAGAAGCCAUCUCGACCGGUUCCGCCGCUUCUUACAUACUUUCUACGUAGAGAAAUUUGGCUAUUGGCCACCACCACGGGGCGCCGCUUUCCCCAAAGCCCUGUACAAAUCAAUGUACUAUGACUUCCAAAAUCUGUACGACUACCUCGUCGAUACGGAUUCGACCGCCGAUAUCUCCUCCCAAAGACCAGCUAGCGGUGGUAUUUGCGUCUUGCAGAACGUUGUAACGUUCGAUCAACGACAUGGCUUCAACUCUCAGCCGCACCCGUUACCUCUCCUACCAACAUACACUUCGCCACUGAAGAGAACAAACUCUCAGAAAACGAAUUCCCAGAAGGCCUUGAGACAGCUUGUUCUGGCCUCGCAGUAUAAUAAGAUGCAUGUUCAUGACACAAUGCAUGGUGCUCUAGCAGCGGCAACGAACAUUCUAGAGCCGAGUGCGAUGAAGUCCAACAUUGUACAGGCAUAUAUCCACUUUGAGAAGGCGCAUGCCACCACUCCCAGUCAACGCCAGGGGAAGAUAUCAGCAACAGAUGCGCGCAAAGUCAGGUGGCUCUUGAUCUACGGUACUCUGCAGUAUCUUGUGUCCGUUCUAAGGGCGCCGAAAGAAGUUCGCGAUACUGAAAGCCCUGACUACGCUUUGUGCUACGUUGCGGAACCCACUUCGACUACCAACAGCGUUGCUACAACUCCUUCUGCGUCACCUUCGGCCAAGGUGCCCUUGGAUCUCGAUGAAUGUCUUGACGACUCUCAAAGUAGUGUGUAUUCGAUCGAGCCCGAUUGCCAAAGGGAAGACUACUUUACACCGCAAAACAUGAGCCGACGUGGAUCCAUGGAGGUUGCGCCCCUCAAAAUUGCUCAACCACCUCGUUCGUCCUCCGUGCGUUCUCUGGCGCGGCGAUCACUUUCUACUCGAAGGUCGCGGAGCAAUAGUCUCACAAGGAAAACUACACAGAACCUUGUUGGUGUUGUUCAGGAAUCUGGCGGUAGGUCGACCAUUUCAGUCACAUCCUCCCAGGACCAAAUCCGACCUGUCUCAUCUGUCUAUUCUGAGCAUUCGACGGCAAUCACUGCAGGGAGCGGGGCUGGACUGGAGACCUCUUGGCUCCGAUCACGAACCCCCUCCGUCACUCGUAGCAGGCAGGGUUCUACAGCAAGCACGGGCGCACGUCCCCGAACACCUCUACUCGAUUCUGUUCAGCUCGAGCGUGCCACAUACCCACUGUACCUAGCCCGCGCUGGGGAGCCUCCUAGCCGUUCAGAUAGUACCAGCUCUACAGCAAGCUCCCUAUGGAGCGAAGGCGCGAGUGUGGUUUCGUCUAAGUCCAGUGCAUCUGCAGACAGCCCUACUCGAAAGGUCAGCGCUGCAGAAGAGAGUGGGCUCCUGGGUGGACUCGUCUCUUUCGAUCCACCUGGAACUAUGUCCCUCACGGCACAAAGCCAUAUACAUCCUCUGCUGCGACAACAGUCCCCUAAAGUCGAGUUCGAGUUCGGUUUCGACAAGAGCGAGUCAGAAGUCACUCAUGAUGUCCUUGAACACUCCCAAGUCGACUCAACCAUUGGCAUGGCCGUCUCUACUCCGCCGUCACCCACCCGACCCCGGAUGAAUCUGUUCCCCGACACACGACCCACUUUCACUGCCGAAGAGGCACGCGCUCUUAUUGCCGACAAGAGACCUAAUCUUCCGUAUCGGAACAGAUCCAAAUCUACCUCGUCAGUCUUGGAAAGUGCCACAUCGCCAGCGAAGGAUCAAAGGUACUCCACGCCUGUGAGCACAACGCCCACAGGCUACUGGGAGCAAUAUAAAGCGACUCUCACACAACAAAAAGCGCGAUCGAAUCCUGGACCAUCUACAAGCUUUACUAUGCCUCCGAUGGUCAAGAUUCCGACUACCUUUAAAACACCCUUUUCGCGCCUCCGACCCCGCAACGAGGAAGACCGCGGCGUCAAGACAGAGCGCCGGCUGUCAACUCUCUGGCGACAUUGA